CCCAGAAACAUCUGUUUGCGUUUUAAAUACAGCUUUGAAUAGAUAAAUGCUCCGGCUUCUCCACGCGUUUCAGUCGGUACCCUCUGAAUGAUACGGAAAGGACGCAUCUCUUAAGUUUUCAAUCAUGCUGCCUCUGCCUGUUGCCCUGCUGACACUGGUAUUGUGCGCGUGCAGCGUUGGCGCCCAAGAUCUGAUUUUUUUCGAAUUCGUUGUGGAAGAUCUCUUCGAGGGACAGUCAAACAAUAUAACACUGCGACGGUUUGGUAUCGUCCAAGGAGACAUCCAAAUUAAUUACACCAUCACGGGAUUGGGGCUAUCAUCCCCUGAUGAUUUUACGGGAGGGAGUUUCUCAAUUGUUUACCCUCCUACCGAGGACCCACUGAAAAUCCCAAUUGACGUGAAGGAUAACUCCGUUUGUGACAAUGGUCGAGCAAUAUUUGUGAGGAUCACGGGCAUCGACAAAGCACCUAUACCAGAAACUGACUUGAGGGUGUUCGUUGUUGUUGAUGACGAUGGGGAAUGGACCGCUUGGGACACAUCGGAGGGACCUUGUAACUGUGACACGGACAUGCGAGAUAGGGUUAGGAAUCGAACGUGCACCGACAAGGGAAUUGCCGGGCGAACGUGCGACGGACCUAGCUCCAUAAACGAUACUGUAUCCUGUGCUGGCGAUCCUGCUUGCACAACCACACCUGCACCAACAACUACAACUACAAUGAUGCCAACCACUUCAACUACAAUGAUGCCAACCACAACACCCUGGGCAGCGUGGUCAGCUUUGUCAGGAUGCUACGGUCCGUGGAACUGCUGGGAGCCGGGGGAGUGCUCAGUGACGUGUGGGGAGGGCUUGACGACGGAGAUGCGGACCAGAGAGCUGCUGGAUUGUGGCAACAACGCAUGUGACGGCCCCUUGGAAGAGCGUAGAACAGCAGUGUGCAACGAGCAAUCCUGUGUUUGUGCAGAGGCUCUGACAAACUGGUCACAGUGGCUGUACGCAGGGUCGUGUUCAGCAACCUGCGACGGCGUCGUACCCCAGAUGCGAAACAGGACUUGCAUCAAGGUGUCGGGCUGCCCCGGGGUUAUGCUUAACCAGACAAGGACGGCAUCGUGCUCUAAGUCAUGCGAUGGUCCUUGGGGUUGAUACAGACCAUGCCAUGUCAGUAGCAAUCCUUCGUCGCCGACCAUGCUGAUAUCAAUAUGGGCAUUAAAAUCCGUUUCUUGUUCAUUAAAAUUUGCAUGUUUCAA